AAAUUUGCCCUCGCUUUUCUCAGACUGUCCUUCUUCCGCAUGCUUUCCUCUCUUUACAUGAUAAAGUCACUUCUCUGACCCAACAUGUCCGGCCUGCUGGGCCAAGGCUACGACUCGAGCGAUGAUGACAACAGUCCAGCAAAACCCGUUGCAGCGCUUCCCAAAUCUGUCAACGCUGCCCCAGAUGUAUUAGUAGAGGACUCUUCCCAAUUGCAAAUCGCAUUAUCCAAUCCCACCAGCACCGCUCUCACCUAUAAUGUCACCUACGAAAAUCUAGCGCGGCCCGCGCAAGGCCCAGUCAACCCAUUCAAUGCCUCCACUGGGAACGCCUUAAAGCGCAAGAAUCUCUUGACAGGAAACGCAGAGGAGAUGUCCAUGUCAGAGGCAACGUUCAAAACACAACACCGCACGUUUCAAAGCCUUGGAUACACACAGGACCCGUCAGUGAACGGCGCAUUUGUUGGCGAUCAAUCGGCCGUCGCCAAAUUUGGAGGCAAGGACGUUGUUCAGCUACGUCACACCAAAGAGGAUAGCGCUAUCAUCCGGUCGAAAAGACAGAAGAAGGGCGACAGCAGUGUUGUCGACGGUGAGGGGUCAUAUCUGGGUCCGUGGGCCAAAUACACCAGCGACGAUGUGGCCUAUGAACAGGCAGAAGCCGCUGCUGACCAAGAACUGGCAUCUGACGAGGAAUGGGUGGAGGAAGGCAUCGUCCCUACACCCUUGCCAGCUCCCCCGAAGGAGGCUACCGGCUACGGCGAUGAUGCCAGCGCCAAUGAAACUACCGAGUUCCAUGGCGCUUCAGAAUUCGACUACCAAGGACGAACAUACAUGCAUGUGCCCCAAGAUCUGGACAUCGACCUGCGGACAGAGCCUGGGUCGGUCCAGAAUUAUGUUCCCAAGAAACUCAUUCACGUGUACAAACUCCACAAGAAGCCCAUCACCUCAUUACGCUUUAUUCCCAAAUCAUCUCACCUAUUAUUGUCAUCGGCGGCGGAUGGGAAAAUCGCCUUGUGGGAUGCUCACCACGAUCGAAGCCUUCUUCGCACAUAUUCUGGCCACAACAAAUCAGUCACCGACACCGACUUCCAUCCGACAGGUCGGACCUUCCUUUCAGCAUCUUACGAUCGUCAGAUGAAACUUUGGGACACCGAGACUGGAAAAUGCAUUUCGCGGUUCACGACGGGCAAAACACCUCACACGCUGCGCUUUCACCCGGAAGGCAACGAGUUCAUUGCCGGCAUGUCGGACAAGAAGAUUGUGCAAUUCGACACUCGUUCAGGCGAACUGACGCAGGAGUACGAUCACCAUCUGGGGCCUAUCAACACACUGACUUUUGUGGACGAAGGGCGACGGUUCAUUUCGACGUCGGACGACAAAUCACUGCGGGCAUGGGAGUAUGGGAUUCCAGUGCCAAUCAAAUUCAUUGCGGACCCGUCCAUGUACGCCCUGGUGCGGUCGGCGCCCCACCCGUCGGGCAAAUAUGUGGCGUUUCAGUCGGCGGACAACCAAAUUGUGGUAUACGCGGCUGGGGACAAGUUCCGGCAGAAUCGCAAGAAGGGAUUUCGAGGAAUGAACACCAGCGGUUACGCCAUCGACGUGGCCAUUUCUCCAGAUGGAGGGAUCGUGGCCAGCGGCGAUUCAGGGGGCUUUGUGUGCUUCUGGGAUUGGAAGACGGGCAAGAUGUGGCACAAGAUCCAGGCCGGCGGCGAAGGCCUGGGUGCUGUGACUUCAGUGGCCUGGCAUCUACACGAAACGAGCAAAGUCGCAACCGGUGGCUUGGAUGGGAAUAUUCGAUACUGGGAUUGAUACAGGAGACGAUAGAGGGAGAUGCUACAAUAAUAUAUCCUGUGGCUCGGCUUGUCGCAAUAUCAUCACAUCACAUUUUCCCUUGCUGUGUUCUACUUGGAGCGUGGUUGGAGGAUUGAUGGAUAUCAAUGGUAAUUUUAUGAUGUACAAAUGACAUGGCCUUGAGUUCCGCGUGCACCUACAUGCGCGAGACUAUGUAAUUACAUCGACGAG